CGUCCUGCAUCCAGUCUCGAACACGAUGACGACAAAGAUGUAGUGGUCAUGCAGGCUCCACACAACCAUGUGAAUGGUCAAUAUGAUGGGGCUGGAGAGGCAUCUGAAGAUGAUGAUGAUAAGGAUGUUAUCGUUGCUGGAAACAAAAAGGCGGAGGAUCGUCCAGCUAGCGCUAUGGGAAAGGAGUCUCCAGCAGGUCAAAGUAAGAAGGGGACUCCAGGUGGCCUGGGUGGAAAAGAAUCUCCAAUAUCUCAAGUGCCGAAGGAGUCUGCAGUGGCAACAGUAGGCAAGGAAUCAGUGGUAUCUUCAGAGGACAAAGAAUCACAUCUUCCCCCAGUAAGUACGCAGACGCCUCCUCCAGAUUCUGGCAAAGACUCACCAGUGCUCGCAGUUGUCAAGGACUCGCCAACACCUCCGGUGCGCAAAGAUUCGCCUGAAGGUAAAGUAGGAAAGGAGUCACCUGUACCUCCAGUGGGGAAGGCCUCUCCUGUUCCACCAAUGAGCAAGGAGUUGACUGCAUCUACAGUGGGAAAAGAGUCGCCUGUGCCUCCUGUAGGAAAAGAAUCCCCUGAACCCCCACUGGGUAAGGAAUCGCCUGUACCUCCAGUGGGCAAGCAAUCACCCUUACCUCCAGCAGUGGGUAAGGAAUCACCAUUACCUCCAGCAGGCAAGGAAUCCCCUUUACCUCCAGCAGGCAAGGAAUCACCUUUACCUCUAGCAGGCAAGGAUUCACCCUUACCUCCAGUGGGCAAGGAUUCACCCUUAUCUGCAUUGGACAAGGAAUCGUCCUUACCUCUGGUGGGUAAGGAGUCGCCCUUACCUCCAUCAGGCAAAGAAUCGCCUUUACCGCUACCAGGCAAGGAAUCCCCUGUUCCCCUGUCAGGCAUGAAAUCGCCCUUACUUCCAGCAACCAAGGAUUCGCCCUUACCUCCGUCAGGCAAGGAUUCGCCCUUACCUUCAUCAGGCAAUGGUUCACCCUUACCUCCAGCAGGAAAGGAUUCACCCUUACCUCCAGCAGGAAAGGAUUCACCCUUACCUCCAGCAGGAAAGGAUUCACCCUUACCUCCAGCAGGAAAGGAUUCUCCCUUACCUCAACCAGGCAAGGAUUCGCCCUUACCUCCACCAGGUAAGGAAUCCCCUAUACCUCCAACAGACAAGGACUCGCCCCUACCUUCGGUAGGAAAGGUUUCACCUUCACCUUCAGCAGGCAAGCAGACACCACAACCCCCAGCAGACAAGAAAUCACCAGUGCCUCCAUCACACAGAGAUUCACCUGAUCCUACAGGAGCUACACGAGUCUCAGCAAGUGAAAACUUAUCAAGAGGGAAUGGCACUGGGCCGGGGGACAUCGAGACCUCGGCGGCGCUUGGUGGCAAAAUGUCCCCCACUCCUCCAAGUGGGAGCAGGGAGGAGCAAAGAGCUUCACCAGGGCCGCUCUCGAUGAGGUCAGGAAGCAGUUCUGGGAAGGUAUCUCCAGUCAGCAAGGACACAGAGAAACCAGGAGUUCCAGUACCCACUGCAACAGAUCAGAAGAUGGAGCCCCAUUCUCCGGAAACGAAGAAAGAGGAAGCUCCUCAGACGGCGGCGGCAACGGGGAAAAUGGACGAGAUCCCGGAGAGACAGAUUUCGAAUGGAGCUCCUCCAACGCGAGGCACGGGCAGUUUGCAGCGAGAGCCUCCAGAACGAGACGCCGCUCGUUCACCCGAAGAAGCCAAGAGACGACCAGAAGAAGCGGACAUUCCUGCAUCACUGACUCCACGACCACUGUCAGCCAAAUCAGCUGCACUUCCAGCUACCACAGCAGCUUCAACACCUGCUGGUACAGCACCGACACGGGAGGACGACACGGCAGCAGAAGCGACGGAGGAAGAGCGGCAGGAGGUGCUGCAGGACGGUCGUAUCGAUGCGAAGCUGAAGGACAGGAAGUCCCCGACGACUCCACCUCCUUCGCCAGCGACCACAGUAGACGUCAAGGCCACUCGGGAAGAGGAAGGGGGCGAGAAGAAGGUGCACGAGGACGGCCCGAAGGAGCAACUUUUUUCAAGUCCCACAGCAGGAGUUGCAGCCAGCGGGUCUCCAGAACCAGUCGCCGCCAGACCACCAUCUCGACCAGCACCAAUUGCGGCGACGGACAGCCCAGAGACGACUCCAGCGUCCCGGGUUUCUCCAGCAACUCGCCCGGCAAAGAGUGAAUCUGCCACUAACGUUACUGCAACUAAGCCUCCGUUACCGACAGACGAGACACCUCAGAAAGAUGACACGACAAAGGCAAAAUCGAAGAGUCCGUCUCCGGACCUGCAAGAGCGCUCCCCUCCUCCAGCCUCUUCUUCUCCAGAUGUUGGAAAGCCACCUGUCUCUCCAGACAUCAGAAAGCUUACCUCGCCAGUGGCGGCGUCCAGCAUAGAGGACCUCCCAGAGCGCGAACGCGAGCUCCUGCAGUCGAUUGACUCGGUGAACGGGGCCGUGGACUCGCGACCACAGUCGGCUGCCCUUUUGAAGGAGCCCACACCGUCGCCGACAGUCCUGGACGGUAAGUCGAAGUCUCCGUCGCCGACGUCGCCCAAGUCACCGACGCCCACGGCUGCGAAAUCCCCACUGCCACCCCCGGGCAAGUCUCCGACGAUGAAGACACCGAGCCCAAAAUCUGCGUCUCCGAAGCCUUCUUCGCCCGAAGCCAAAGAGGUUGGAGAGAAAGAGCUGCAAGCAGAGACUGAAAAACUCGAUAAGGCUGGAACUUCUCCAACGGAGAUGAAACAGUCGAGCCCUGUAGACACUAAGAAGCCCCCCACACCACUGGCAGAGGCCAGAUCUGCCACACCCGAGAAGGGUAAGGUGUCGCCAGCCACAGCCAAAUCGCCACCACCAGUGGACAAAAAGAUGCCGUCACCGCCUCCUACAGAUGGGACAAAGAAGUCUCCAUCACCUCCGAUCACAACUCAGAUGGUCUCACCAGUUCCGGCAACUGCUUUACCAACAUCCAGAGAGUCGCCGGUACCUGAGAAACGAGCCGAGACGCCAGGCCCCACUGCAGCUCCUGAGGGGGGCCCCACACCGGAGGAAGUGGCCAAAGUGUCUCCGGGGGCCAAGACGCCCUCGCCGACCGGCAAGGCCAGUCCGGCACUGGCCGGCAAAGUCAGCCCUGCGCCAGCAGACAAAGAGAGUCCUGCACCAGCUGACAAAGCCAGCCCCACACCAGCCGACGCAGCCAGUCCCGCACCAGGUGAUGCCGUCAGCCCCGCACUGGCUGACAAAGCCAGCCCCACACCAGCUGACAAAGCCAGCCCAACACCCGCUGACAAAGCCAGCCCCACGACGGCCGACAGGGCCGAGUCACCUCCGCCGGCAGAGCCGGACAAGGGGCCCGAGGAGGACACGGUCCGACAGGUGCAGGUCGAGAUCGAGGACGCGCAGGCACUGGCCAACGGGAAGCUCUCGUCGCCGGAGGAGGAGGACGCGGGGUCCAAGAAGCCCGGGCUGGUGAACGGCGUGGUGAAGCCUACCAAGCUGCAGGUGACCUCCGCCACCUCUGCGGCGACAAAGCCCGCGGCCGGCGACACCAGGCGGCGGCCCCUGCGCCGACGUGCCAAGGACACCACAAGCGCCAGCGCGAGGAAAGAGGGUGAUCAUGACAGCGGCGUGGACGAGACCACACAGGGAACAGAGGGCGCGGCCAACGGCGAGUCGGGCGCGGGCUCCCCCAAGAAGUCCCCGUCUCGCAUCCCGGGCCGGCGGGCCGCCUCUUCGCCCACCAAGGCGCCGCGCUCGCCGCUCAAAGCCAAGCUCACUCCCACACAGGCUGAGGCCCCACCAGCGCCAGAGAAGAAGAAGGUGCCGAUGAACAAGGUCCAGGUGGGGUCCGCGCCGUCGCCCAACCUGAAGACGGUGCGCUCCAAGAUCGGAUCGCUAGACAACGCGAGCUACAAGCCAGGUGGCGGCCAGGUCAAGAUAGAGAGUCGGAAACUGGACUUCAGCAAGGCGCAGCCCAAGAUCGCCGCCAAGAACGAUGCGUACGUGCCGGGCGGCGGCGACAAGAAGAUCCAGCAGGUGAAGCUGACGUGGAACGCCAAACCCAAGGUGGGCUCGCUGGAGAACGCGACGCACAAGCCGGGCGGCGGCGACAAGAAGAUCGAGACGGUCAAGCUGGACUUCAAGGACCGCGCCAAACCCAAGGUCGGCUCCAAGGACAACGUGAAGCACUCGCCAGGCGGCGGCAACGUCAAGAACACUGCCAGUUCCCUGGAUGGGAAUUCCAGCGACGUGAGUGUAACGUAGGCACGGAAAUGGAAGAGCCAAUGGCUGCCCAGCAAUGGGCCAGAUGAUGCCACACCUCCAACGUUCUCUCCUUCUUUUCAAAAUAACCACAAACAAACAGUCAAACUAACGAAACUGAAUGACAUCAAAAAUGGCGUUAUUAACAACACGGAAACACAAGCCUCACUGCAGAUAAACUAUUUACUGGCUGACACCUCAGCAUAAAUUAUGUAGAUGAUGAUGGACUUCCAUGUGUUAAUUUCAAAACUUUUUUCCUCAGUAAUCAUAUAACCAUCGAUGAAAGAAUUUUUUGCAUGUUGGGGUGUGUUAAUAGACAUUUUCGGUUUUUUGGAACUGAAAAUACUGCUGAUACUUUUCUUCCAGUAAUUUAGAUGUGCUUCAUCCAAUACAUGCAAAUAUUUUAUACCAGUCUGCUUGUGAAGUAUUUGUAAAACCAGUUAGACCUAAUUAUUGGAAUUAACCUUAGGAGUUAUUGCAAUCAGAAUCAUCAAUGUGCCACCGCUAAUAAGAAUGUCUCUUAGAUAAGCAACACAUACAAUCGUAUCUGGCACACCUUACACCUAUUGUACCUUUCAUGGAUCUUACUUUCUUUAUAAACUCGACAGUGGGCUAAUAUGCCUUGGUAAUGUAAUUUCAUGUUCUCUGGUAACAUUAUGACAAGUUUUGUAGCAUUUAAGGAAUGCAGGUGAUGGUGAGGAGAGGUCGAAAAAUGCCUUGCAAUAAGUACAUCAUGUAUUAACUGAAUAGAAUAUGACUCGGAUACUAAAUUCAUAACUUACACCAUUACUCAGUUUUCUGAUUAUUGCCAAACAAAUUCACAGAAAAGGAGAGAAGAAACUAGCUGAUGCCUGUCGUGCUGUAGCUAUAAUAAAGCUAACAGUAGUUUAGUUCCAAAAGACAACUGUUUAUUGAACCCCUUUAAAAACGCAGACAACGAUGGUACAUAGAACAAAUAUUUGAAGGAAAAUUAUUGAUUAAAAGUGACUUGUAUUUCAGUUCAUCCUAUAAUCGUAAGGAUAUUUGGUGAAGCAGACACACAACCCACGUCAGUCACAAGUUUACUUGCUAUAAAAGGGAAAGAACAUUAACUGUUUAUUAGUCAACUGAGCAGUUAUGUAAUGUCACAUUUGUUUUAAAUCUAUGAGAUCACUAAACAUUUUAACCUGGAAAUCACUUGAAUUAAAACUCAGUUGUGAGCAUUGUAUUCCAAAUGUAUUCUUACCAUAGCUCUAAGAAUUUAAUCACACACAUGAAUGUAUUUAGAUAGUAUUUAAUAUGUUUCACUCUCAGUACGUUAUAAAUGUUUGUGAUGGAUGGCAUCUAAUACAAGAAACUUUGAGUGUGACGCGUUGUAACUGUUCUGUACUAAUGCUUUGAGGUUUCCAGAAUAACAACCAGUUGUCUAUCUCUGGCAGAGUGAAACUAAUUCUUGGCAAUUAAUUGUUUAACAAGUGUAACUGUGUUAUCUGUUUAAUGUAAGUGCUAUGUAAAGUAUGUGGUGUUUGUGAAAAUACUGUUUUUGUUGGGAAACACUUUGAUUAUUUAACUAGUGAAACCGUGUUGCAUUACAAAAAAAUUAUCAGUGUUAUCCAGGUAGUUAUCUAUUGCUUAUCUGUUUCAUAUUAAGAUGUAGGCUUCCUGAAAAAAGGUAAAUGUCUCUAUCUCGCAAGUUGAUGAGUAAAAACAUUAUGAAUGAGUUUUGAAUGAACCUCAGUAUUCUCUGGGCCGUGCCAUCAUUGUAUUUACAGCAGAUUACACACUUGCAGAAGAUAAGCUGCAACAGAAAAAAAUAUUGUUAUCAAAAACCAGUUAGGUGAUAGAAGUUUUUUAUGGAAAUGUAGCUACUAGUAACGAAAACUUAUGAGUUGUAUGUAAGAGUUAGGCUAACAUCGGCUGUUCGCACUUCCUCCCAAUGUAGAUUUCGUAUGUUAGUACCCAUACCGCUGUAAUGGUAAUACGUAAUAUGAAAAUUCCCCUUCUUCGAUAUGGAGAGCCUCUUUUAAUAUGUCUCUUCACUUGUGUCGUGUGAAGACCGUUUCUUCCAUAUAAUUGUUUACUGCGUUUCACUGCGAGGAUGACUGACAAAAGAAACAUUCCUGAAGCAAUUACCAUACUAUGCAGAACAGAUAGCCAAGAAAUUUGUGUGUAACACACACUACUGGCGGGUCUCAUUCAGUUACGAAAAUGUUGUCAGCAAGAUUUCCAUACAGAUUAUUCAGUUAGAAUAGUUAUCAAUCUGCCCUGAAAUGUCUAGAUAUUUCCUAAAAAGCGAUUUUCUGUGUGAAAAAGAAGUCUUCUGUGUCGUCAUGAUGUAGAGGAACAUGUUCAAUGUCUUUUAAUACCCCCAUAUUUCUCCUUUGCACUGAACCCAAUUCAUAGAUCAGAUUUUAUCAGCUCUUAAUGAGGACACAAUGACCUGUAGUCCAUUAAGGAAUACAAUAAUUUGCCACUUAAGGUCCCCAUGAACUAUCACACUUGUUUGUCAAAUUUUCUGCUUUCUUCCGUGGAUUGUAGAUGCACAAAUCAUCUUACAAUCUCACUUUUGGAGCAGUUCUCGUGGUGUGGUACUUACUGAAUCACAGAAUAUUUUAACAGAGGUAGGAAUGACUGCUAGCACUGACAAAGCAUUUCUGACAUUCACUUUAGCACUAUACACAAAGAAAAAGAAAGCAAAAUGCUGGUGCAAGGAAUAGCUGAAAGAUAAAUAUACCACUAAAAUCUACUAUAGAAAGUAUUAUGAACAGAAUCUAAUAACUACAUUAAUUUUCUCUGAAUGGACAGUGAGACUCUUGUUAGAAUUACUUCAUUCCCUUAUUGGAAAAGAAGAGACAGGUCAGUAGAAAUCUAUUCUAGUUGCUCAACGAUUAUCUAUAAGCUUGAGGUAUCUUUAAAAAUUCCUUUUCACUCAAAAUGCACAGAGAAACAUCAACUUGUAUAAGUUUGCCAUUUCUGAGAUCUGCCAAGCAACUUGCUUUUGCUUGACGAAUGCAAACUUAAAUGAUUAAACUUUUUGGUCAAAUAAAGCAUCAGUCCGAAUUUCUACCAAACACAUCAAAGGUACUUUUUAUUUGACAAACACAUCGAACAAUGCAGCCUAUCGCCAAAUAAUCUGACAAACACACAGAAUUAGAAAAUUUGUUUGAUCGUUUUUGGGGACCUUUAUCAGCAAAGUCGUUUAUCUGGAAUUAGAUGUUAAGUUGAAAAAUGUUGUGUACUAUCUUCAGAUGACGAAGACCGAUCACAUUUAAUUCACGUAAUAGCUGUGAUAUAUGCCCCCUCAUGCUUGGGUUACUUACAAUUAGUAAAAACUUAUCCAGCCUAUGCUCUCUACUAAAAAUGUUUUUUCAUUGUUAUGAUGAAUUAAAUCGCAAUUAGUUGGAAGAUUACAUUAUUUGAACAAUCUUGCUGACACAAGUACAUCAAUUCCGUUGGCCCUCUAGGUUUUACCACAAUUUUCUCGGCUUUUGGCAACUUCCUGUUUCCACCCAAGUUAUCAAGCUUUAAGCUUUGUCGGCAGAAAUGACAAACGCCACAUUUUAAACGCUACUGUACAUGUCGGAUGCUACCACAAAACCCUUGUAACAGAAAGUAGGAUGCGAAAUGACUAUUCAGUUAUAUCAAGUCAGUUUCUUGAAGACAUCUGUAUGAGGCAACUGUUAAUGUGAACAGAUAAUCUCGUUACUUGUGAAUCCUAAGCCCUGCCUGUCUUUCGGAAGUGGCGAGAGUUAAACACUAGAGCUUGUACACACGAUUCGUACCUAGAUGGGAGCAGUGUAGCUUAUGUACUAGCUGACCUCCUUCCUUGCCUGUUCCCCAUCCACACCACUCAUGAUUCACUCUUUGUGAUCAACAUUCCUGUGCUAUUUAGGUAGAAACGACUUAGCUAAUAAAAUUGUUUUUUUCACUUUCAUAACAAAAUAGGUGAUAUGUCAGGAAAUGCUAAGAUACAGGGAAAGCGCAUGUGGGAUACAGGAGGAAUUGGUGAUACAUUCGUAAUUUAAGGAAGCGAUUGUGCACUUGGCAACAAUGCUAGUUUUUAUACAUAAUGGUAAUGGAUCUUGCAGUCUGGACUAGCCUGUAAGUAAGAAAUACGAGAUUGACUAUAGGGUUAUAUAUGUACUGUUCAUAUGUUGCUUUUACUUAGUUAAUCAGCUUUAUGACCUAAUCUGUCUUUGAAAUACUUAGCAUAUGAAACUGGAAUGUCGCUUAAGUGAUAUAUUUUUAAUCGCAGUGUAAGUACUUUCAUGUAUAUACAAUGAGUGUUACUGAGCUGAAAAUCUGUCAUAAUAAACACAGAAUAAUACAA